ACAGCAAUGAUGGCCUCAUCAGCUCUGGCAAUAAUAAAGAAGGAGGUUACUUGUCCUCUCUGUCUGGAGCUCCUGAAGGAACCUGUGAGCACUGGUUGUGACCAUAGCUUCUGCCGAGCCUGUAUCACACUGAACUAUGAGUCCAGCAGAGGCACAAAAAUGGAGGGCAGCUGCCCUGUGUGCCAAGUUCAUUACGACUUUGGGAAUCUGAGGCCUAAUCUACGAAUGGCCAAGAUAGUUGAGAGGCUCCAGGGGUUCAAGUCCAUCCCGGAGGAGAAGCAGAAGGUGAAUGUCUGUGCACACCAUGGAGAGAAACUCCAGCUCUUCUGUAAGGAGGACACGAUGGCCAUCUGCUGGGUUUGUGAGAGAUCUCGGGAGCACCGUGGUCACCAGACAGCUCUCAUUGAAGAAGUGGACCAUGAGUACAAGAGGGAGCUGCAGGCAGCUCUGCAGACACUGAUGGAAAAUGAGAAAAGAUGUGAUGAAUGGCAGGAUGACCUUCAACAGCAGAGAGCUGACUGGGAGAACCAAAUACAGAGUGAUAUAGACAAUGUUCAGAUGGGGCUUAAAGAACUGAGAGACCUCCUGGACUCCAAGGAGAAUGAGGAGCUGCAGGAGCUGAUGAAAGAGAGGGAAGAGGUCAUGAAAAGGCUGGAAGAGUCUAAAAAUAAGCUGGAGCAGCAGAGGCAGUGGGUGAGAGACCUCAUCUUAGAUGUAAAACAUCAGUUGGAGCUCUCAACCAUGGAAAUGCUGCAGGAUGUGAAUUCUGUUGUAAGAAGGAAUCAAAUCUUGAAACUGAAACAGCCACAAACUAUCCCGAAAAAAAGAAGAAAAACAUUCCAUGUGUUUCAGGAUCUGAAAGGCAUGCUGGAAACGUGUCAAGGGUUCAUGGAUGGUCGGCGAUACUGGGUUCAUGUGACUCUACAUGCAAACAACCAUGCAGUCAUUGCUAUUAACAAAGAAACAAGACAAAUACAACAUACAAGUUACUAUAAAAGGAAUUUGAAAAUUUCUGAAGCCUAUAACUUGGGUGUCCUGGGAUAUCCAGCUAUCCACUCAGGAAAACAUUACUGGGAAGUAGACGUGUCCAGAAAAAAUUCCUGGCUCCUGGGAUUAAAUGAUGGACUGUGUGCUCAAUCCCGACUUCAUUCUAUAAAUGAAAUGGGCUUCAAAGUCAAAUAUAAUUCUAGUGUUAAACAACAUGGAAAUUAUCAGCCUAAAUAUGGCUACUGGGUUAUAGGGAUGAAGAAUAGGUCUGUAUACAAUGCCUCUGAUGAGUGUUCUGUUACCCACAAUUCCAGUGUCUUGGCCCUCUCUCUGCCUGGUCCUCCCAGUCGUGUUGGAGUUUUCCUGGACCGAGAAGCUUGCACUCUCUCAUUUUAUGAUGUUUCUAACUUUGGAGCUCUCAUCUAUAGGUUCUAUGACCCUUUCUUCCCUCAUACAGUCUAUCCAUAUUUUAAUCCUAUGGAAUGUUCAGAGCCAAUGACAGUAUGCGGGCCACCCUCUUGAAUCUCUGUAGGAACGCAGUCAAAAGAAUGACCCAUGGCAAACAAUGCCUUGGGACCUGUGAGAAAGACCACAGAAAAUAAGUCAGAGGGCCUAUUGCCUCAAGGGCAUUUUGUUCCUUAGAUUAUUCUUGGACAUGAUUUUGUGCCUCCUGGAACAAACAUUUGCCUUCAACUUAUAAGGCAUGUUUACUCUUGUUGGAUGUCAGAACAUAGCUAUAGAAUCCAUUCCUGAGAAAGGAUACACUGAGUGCUGGCCUCAGUGUACACUGAUUCUAGACAUGGCCUUGUGCCUUGCUUUUCUGCUUUCCCAGAUAUAAUAUAGAGUAUAGUGCAGACCUUCAUGUUUAAAUUCGUCUGUCCUGAGAAAGUUGUGGGAAAGGGUUGCUCUGUUAAUAUUUGGUAUGUGCUUACUGGAAAUUAUUUGCAUGUUAUUAUGAUUAUUUUUUUCUGAACUCAAACAACCUUCCUUAAAUUGUUGCUUUCUUCUUUACAUUCAUGUCUAAAAACACAGUGAAAAUGAAGUGAAGUUGUCUGCAGCAUUAGAGUGUAGUCCACCCCCUCUCAUUAAUUAAGAUCUUCAAAUCCCAGUUCUUGCAGAGAGAUCUGCCAAGGUGGACAAAGUUCUACACACCUUCCCUUUGUGGUACUAGGGAUAGACUCCAAGGCCUCAUGCAUUCUGAGAAGGUGGUCCACCAUAGAGCUUCAGCUCUGUCAAGUCUCUACAAUCCUAUUCUUUCUGUCACUGACAAAAGAUGAAAGAAAGUUCUACUCCAGCUUGUCCAGCAGUUUAGAAAAUUAUAUAUAGGAGUCUCUUGCUAAGGAACGGGUCCGCAGCAGAAUGUCAGUUUAACCACAAUGCUUGUGUUUAAUUAAAGAGUUAAGAAGGAAACCUCUCAAAUGAUAUCCAUUAAGACCAUGUGUUUAGAGUAUCCAGGUUCUAAUCCUGACUCUCCACAGAGCAGUGCAACCCUGAAUAACAUCCUCUCAAGCCUGUGUUUGCUUGGGUUUACUGUUUUAAUUUGUCUCAUUUUGGUUUUUGUGUUACAACUUUGGUGUAAACAGUGUACCUAUUUUGUACCUCAUUGUAGAAAAAUAAAUUUGGGAUCUUUAGAAGGCGCCAAGGGUAGAAGCCCUUUCCUCCAAGACUGGUGUACUGAGUUCAUUUACUCAGUCCUAGAAGUUGGCAGCCAACUCCAAUGGAGAAUCCUCACCCUCCACACACAAGCUGCAGGACCCAUAGUCUGAAACACCUACAAAAAUAAAAAAUGAAUUGUGUGAUUUUCAGUAAGUGAAGAAGUACAAUGUGCAUAAUGCAUCCACUGCUCACUCAGCAGUUGGUGGUUGUGCUAAUUACUGUGGAGACGUGCUGUACUCGUGUUGCAUGCAGCAGUGGGCAGCAGGGUAAAGUAAGAUUUGGCCCUUCUCAUGUGUUGCUGUUAGAUUCUGGGAACUGUCAUCAAGGCUACUCUAACAUGUUAUAAAUAUCUAGUAAUAUUUGAGGGUUUUAUUCUUAUUUUCUGAGAGGGUAUUUUGUUCAGCUACAUUUGCUAACAAGUAAGUUAAAUUCAAUGAUUUUCCAUUUUUUUAAAUUAAGUACUUUAUGUAUUUAUAUUCCAAAUGUUGCUUCCCCUCCUGGUUCCACAUCCCAGAAUGCUUCACACUGUGCCCCUUCUCCUUGCCUUCUGAGGGGGUGCUGCCCAACACUCUCACCUACCCCCAUUCCACCAACCCCCACAUCCAGUUUAGCCCUUCCCUGGAGCAUCAAGUCUCUACAGGAUUAGGCACAUUCACUUCUACUAAGGCUAGACAAGGCAAUCCUCUGCUACAUAUGUGCCAGGGCCAUGGACAAGCACCUGUAUGCUCUUUGGUUGGUGGCUUAGUCUCUGGGAAAUCUCAGGUGUCUGGGUUAGUUGACACUGUUGGUCUUCCUAUGGGUUUGCCAUCCCCUUCAGCUCCUUCAAUCCUUCCCCUAACUCUUCCAUAGAGGUCCUCAACAGGAAUGGUUGGCUGUAAGGGUCUGCAUGUGUCUCAGUGGGCUGCUGGUAGAAUCUCUCAGAGGACAGCGAUCCUAGGCUCCUGUCUGCAAGCACAACAUAGCAUCAGUAGUAAUGUUAUGGUUUAUUACCCACCCAUGAGAUGGAUCCCAAGUUGGGCCAGUCAGUGGAUGGCCCUUUUUUUAUGCUUCAUUGUUGUCUCUGCAUUUCUUUUAGACAGGAGCAAUUCUGGGUCAAAAUUUUCGAAUUUUUGCCCCCCUGGGGAUUCAGUCUACCUACUAGAAGUGGUUUCUUCAGGUUUCAUCUCCCCAGUGUUAAGCAUUUUCAAAAUUUCCUUCCUUAGCCAUAAUAUCACACCCAUAGAGUCCUAGAUGCCUUUCACAUUCUAGGUUUUUGGAGCUUUCUAGAGGUUUCCCCCCCAGCCUCCACCCACAUCGGCUGCAUAUUUCUAUUCAUUCUCCUGGCCCUCUGGGCUUCUCUGCUGUUUCUUCCAUACCUGAUCCUGCACCCCUUUUCCCUCCCCCUCCCCUCUCCCAUCCAGGUUCCUCCCUCCCACUGCCUUCUAUGAUUAUUUUGUUCCCCCUUCAAAGUGAGAUUGAAGCAUACCAAUAACUUCAGCCUCGGUUGGGUUGUGAAAUGUAAACAAUAAAAUGUCUUGGAACUUAUAUUGUUUCUACCAUGUAAGUGGUAUCUGAUAUGGUAUUUGUUAAGUUUUGUCUCCCUUUUGAUGUGGCCAUAAUAAAGUAUCAUUCA